GUUAUUCUCUGGCUCAGGCUUCCACUGUGAUUGUCGCGAGGCUCAAAGCGUCAUUGGCAUUCGAAGCUUUGGUCCGUAUUUGCGACGCUAGUGAUCAACUCUGUUGCAGUCGUCUGUUUGGCCUACUAGGGCGCUUGCCAGUCCUUGCUUGAACAACACGAAGACGAGGCCGUGCUGACACAAUCGUCAAUCUAUCUGUAAAUAUGACGCUGCAAUCUUCGGGCUCGGAUGUGGAAGCAACACUUGCCUCAUUUUCCCGCCUAGAUCUUGGUAUUGAUGAGCAAUCCGUUGCUCCUCCAAUCAGUCGUCUUCCAGCAGAGAUCCUAUCCGACAUCUUCGUUUCAGUGCUGGUUCCCGAACAACAUUUCACUUCUGAUAAUGACCACUACCAACUAUACUUGCAUCCUCGGGGCGUCUCAUCGGCUCCACCCAUAGCGCAUGUCUGCCGAGCGUGGCGGAGGAUCGUUCUCAGUACGCAUUGGUUGUGGAACUUCUUGCAUAUGUCCAUCAUGCAGUCUGUCCUCGACAACGUGAUCCCUCUGCCACACGAGUUGCUCGAGAGGUCCGGAACACUUCCUGUGUUUUUGAGCGUAAACUUUGACCCUGGAAUCAUGAUACGUUCUGUCAAUACUAUCACAAACGGCUCGGCCACAUCGCAGAACAACACAUCCCUCCACAGGAUCCAGGGCGUCGAUAUUAACUGCAAUAGGGCACUCUACCAUCAAUUCAAACCCUGGCUACAGCAUAUCUCCUUUACCCGCCUCACACUACUCGACGUCGCCUUCAAAGACCCUCCAGACAUGGGCGAAGACCUCUUCAACCGGCUCACCCACCUCCACUUACGAUGCAACACCUCCCUUGACGCGGACCUAUUCAUGAGCCCCGAAGAAGGUCAAGCCUGGAUCAACCUCGUCUCGCUCACGCUCGAGUCAGAGACGCCUGAACUUGAUCUCAACGCACUCGAGGCGAGCUUUCCCAGGCUCGAAGAGCUGUUCGUCAUCACAGAGAACGCGUUCGCGAUCUGGACAGGCGGACGCCCUCCACCCCCCGCGGCGGAGCCAUUCACUCACGCGAACCUGCGUGUGCUAGGGAUAUACUCGCCCGAGCCAGCGUUUCAGUCGAUCUUAUUCGAGAGGAUGGCAUUCCCCAGAUUGAGGGCGGUCGGAGUGACAGCGGAGAAGCCGGAGGACACGAAGUGCGUGCAGACGCUGGUGGACCGCUCCGGAUGUCGUCUCGAGUGGGUGUCCGUGAUAAGCGCUGAUGGGAAGGAGUUUGGUAAGCGCUGUAAAGAUGAAUGGGCGCUGUUCCGCGAGAAGAGCGAGAUACCUAGGUUGGAACUUGUGAGGCGCUGGACUGAAAUGAGCCUGUUCCGUGAUAGCAAAGAUAGGUGGUACAUGUACUAAGUAGGACAAUGUAGCGUAAUAUAGUACGGCUCGCAACAAACAUCAUAGAAUAGAAAUGAGGUCGAG